AUGCCUCCAGCGCGCUUCCGCGCCGCGCGUCGCCCCUCGAGAGCGUUGACGAGCGCCCAAAGAGCUCGUCCUCGCGCCUCGAGCGCUCGCGCGGCGGCUCCGCUCAUUCUCGACGUCGACGCGCGUUCGACGAGUGAGAUUGGCUAUUACAGAUGGCCCGCGAUCAAAGGUAACGAGGUGUACUUUGUGUGCGAGGACGACGUGUACGCGGCGCGAUUGGACGGCUCGGAGGGGCGAAGCGCAACGGCGAGAAGGUUGACGCAGGCGCACGGCGCGUGUCAACGACCGGUGGUCUCCCCAGACGGCUCCAAGGUCGCGUUCUCGUGCGUGGAGGAUGGGUACGUGGAGAUAUACGUCGUGGACUCGGACGGUGGACCGAUGAAGCAGUUGACGCACAUGGGGGCGUCGUACGCGCGCGCGUGCUGCUUCUCCGAGGACGGCAAGCGCGUGUACUUCACGUCGAGCGGGGCGAGCGCGGAGCCGAGCGGGGAGGAGUUUUGGGUUGUGAACAUUGAAGCUGGGGCACCAAUGCGAUUGGGUAUCGGUCCAGGGCAGGAUUUGGACGUGAGAACGGUGAAUGGGAAAGAGUUGGCGCUCGUGGGGAGGAACACAGAGGAUCCGGGCACCGCGCACUGGAGAGGGUAUGCGGGUGGCGCGGGCGGAGAGAUUUGGAUCGGCUCCGUCGAUAAGUUGGUUCGAAUCGAUAGCUUCGAUGAGCUCACGGGGAACUUCGGGAACGCACGAUGGUUGAACGACGAGCACAUUGUAUUCACCAUGGAGGUGAACGGCAACGUCAACGUGUACCACGCUCGAGUUGAAAUCGGCGAGAAUACGGCGACAUUGAGCGAUGUGACGAGCGUGACGGACGAAACAGUCUUACCGGCUCGUUCUCUGAGCGUCGACACGACACUCGAACCGAAACUGUCGUGGACGGUGGGCGGCGAGAUUCACUUCAAGGAUGGGAACAAGGACGCCGAGAAGUUAGCGGUCAAGUGGGUGGGCCCUCGAACGCAGCUUUCAAAGCGUUUCGUCUACGCCGAAGACUGGCUCGAAAAUUGGGAUCUGCAUCCAGAAGGCUUGACCGUUAUGACGAUCGUUCGUGGGCAACCUUUCACGAUGGGUAUUUGGGAUGGCCCGGUGUUGAGCUAUCCUCCGGCGACGAUACAAAAGACUCCCAAGGGGAAAGUCGUGGAGCCGCUCAGCAGGCUCGCACGAAAAAGUCAGGCCCGCGUGAGAUUAGGAUCUUAUUUAUUUGACGGAGAACGUUUGGUUUACGUCUCGGACGCGAGUGGUGAAGAUGACAUUGAGUUGCACUGGGAAGAGGCGGACCGGCCAGCCAAGCGACUUGGUUUGCACCAUGGUCUGCUUGGACGAGUGGAAAUCCUUGUCCCGAGUCCUGAGGCACCGCUUGUCGCGGUUGUGAAUCAUAGAGACUCUUUGUUGAUAAUCAACGUUGAAAACGGCGAGAUGAGAACGGCUGAUUCGUCGAGCGAAGGGGGUGGAAUUGAUGACUUGACGUGGAGUCCGUGUGGCAACUGGCUCGCGUACACGCACUACAUGAACAACGACAGGUCUUGCAUCCGCAUCCUGGACGUUCGAAAUGGUAAGGUCUUCGACGCUACGAGACCGGUCUUAGGUGAUCAUUCUCCGGCUUGGGAUCCCGACGGCAAGUAUUUGUACUUUUUGGGUUCCCGCGAACUCGAGCCCGUGUACGACGCGGCCACUUUUGGUCUGGCUUUCCCACACGUCGAGCGGCCGCACUUGAUCAUAUUGCAGAAGGACGUGCGAAACCCGUUGUUGAAAGAAUUGAGACCUCCUUACGAUACGGAGUCUUCCUCGGGCUCCGAUUACGACUCUGAAUCAGAGAGCAUGCCUCGAAACGAAAAGACGAGUGGCGCCAAGAACAAGUGGACGUCCAAGAAGAAGUCCAGCUCGAAGGGUGAAGAGGACGAAGACGAUUGGGAAACGGACGACGGAGACGAGGAAGAUGACGAGAUGCGGAGCGAAGAUGAGAGCGAUGAUGAUUACGCGCCUUCGAAUCACUCUGAUGACGCGCCUCCACCGAUUGAGAUUGAUGUCGACGGUUUGACCGACAGAGUUAUCGCGUUGCCGAUGCCCAUUUCCAGAUACGGCUCCCUCUGCGGCCUCGAAGAUGGUAGAUUUAUGGUUGUUGAGUAUCCUCCGAGCCGGGGCGCUCCCGGAGGGGUCGGUGUGGACUACUCCUCCGACGAAGAUGAUGAAGGUCUUGGCUCGUUGAUCUCAUACAGCAUUCGAGACUUGCGCCGAAGUAUUUUGAUUCACGGCGGUGUGAGCGAAGUAUCGCUUUCCAUGGAUCGUAAGUGCAUGGCAGUGGAACGCGAUUCAGGAGGUUACCUAGAACUUCGCGUGUACAAGGCGGGGGUGCGCCCCGAGGAGGAGGGAAGCGACAGUGAAGAGUUGGAUCAGCAGCUGUGCGACCGCAGGACGGGAUUGGUCAACCUUGAUGGUCGAAUCCGCGUUCUCGUGGACCCGCAAAGAGAGUGGGCGCAAAUGCUCGGUGAGGUCUAUCGUCGACUUCGUGAUGACUUUUACGAUGAAGACAUGAACGGCGUUGACUGGGAACAAGUUUUGGAAGAAUACGAAAAGCUUUUGCCAAAGGUGAGCACAAGGACCGAGUUCGCGGACUUGCUGCGAGAGAUGACCGCCAGACUUGGAUGCUCGCACGUCGCCGUCACGCCGGGUGAUCCAGGACGUUCGGCACGUCGACACUCCGCUGGUUACCUCGGCGCUGACUUCAUAUGGGACGCAAAAUCGGGUGGAUAUCGAAUAAUGAAUAUUGUCAAGGGAGAUAGCUGGGACGACGCGCGCGGCGGUGUCUUGAGCAAGCCGGGCGUGAACAUCAACGAGGGAGACAUCUUGCUCUCGAUCGAUCGUAUUCCUCUAACCGAGGAUAUACCUCCGGCGUCGUUGUUGAUCGAGAAGGGCGGCGCCGAAGUUCUGCUCAUGGUGAAAAUUGACAGCGACGGCGGGCCCAUCGAAGAGGCGCUCGACAAACUCGUCUUGGGGAAGAAUGGAAAGAAGAAGAGCACGAAUAAGAAGAACGACGGCGCGCCAAAGAAAGGCGACGUUGUUCCUGUGCGCGUGCGAGCGAUGCACUCCGAAGUCGACGCGCGGUAUCGGGAUAUGAUUCAGAAGAGAACAUCUCGCGUUCACACGAAGAGUGAUGGACUCGUCGGGUACUUGCAUGUGCCCGACAUGGAGCGCACGGGUUACUCCGAAUUUUGGCGUCAUUACGCGUGCGAAGUACGCAAGGGUAGUUUAAUUCUCGAUUUACGUGGAAACACGGGCGGACACAUCAGCGAGUUGUUGCUGUCGAAGUUGUCGCAGCGCGCGUUGGCUUGGGACAUUCCUCGCCGCGGGGAGCUUCAGGUUUACCCGCAGAACACGCCGGGUCCGCUCGUCAUGCUCGUCGAUGAGCGCACGGGCUCCGACGCAGAACUCAUGGCGGAGUCAUUCAGAAAUCUUGGUUUAGGACGCGUCGUCGGCACGCGCACGUGGGGAGGUUUGCUCUCGAUAAAUGGUUCCGGAGACCUCAUCGACGGGUCAGAGUUGAGCCUUCCGUCGCAAAACGUAUUGCUCGUGAACGAGUUGAACAAUCCGCGAACGAAUUCGGUAGAAAACAGAGGGGUCGUUCCUGACGUUGAAGUUCGCGUCUCUCCCGCCGAUCACGCGCGUGGUGCGGAUCCACAGCUCGACCGCGCGGUGAAGGAGGCGCUCGAGUUGCUCGAAACGCGCGACGAAACCGCGCGCGCGCCCCUCUUCCUCAACAAAGCUCGCAAGGACGAGACCGCGGCGCAAGAGAUCGAAAAGUCACUCACGCGUAAACCGUGGUCAUUCGCGACGUGGGCGCCGCUUCCACCCACCAAGGAGGAGGAAGAGAAGGCGCGCGCCGCGCGUUCCGGCUCGCGCGCCGCAAAGUUCCGCCGAGGCGCCGCGCGCGUCGAGUCGAAGGAAAUAUAA